CACGUGAGCGCGCACGAGCUCACCAGUGGCGAAGAAGAAGCAGUCCUCGCCGUUCGGACUGGUCUGCGGUUCUGCUUUUUUUGCGGCAGGUGUUCCCUUGGACUUUACGCGGAGCAGAAGUCUGCCUCUUAUCACCGUGCCGACUCCUCUGAGCUAUGACGGAGACAGGCACCAUGCACGCGCCGGUAACCUCGGUGGCAGCGCCGGACGUGAAGACGACGGGCGGCUCGAUGGCAGCGCCGGAUGAGAAGAUGACGGGCGGCUCGAUGGCAGCGCCGGAUGAGAAGACGACGGGCGGCUCGAUGGCAGUGCCGGACGAGAAGACGACGGGCGUCUCGAUGACAGCGCCGGACGAGAAGAUGACGGGCGGCACGAUGACCUCUGCCCAGUCGACGCUUGCACUUUUCGCCCUGUCUGGAAUGAGUGGCACCACGCUAGAGUCGAAAGCGGAGGACGCAACUUCGGCGGGCGAAUAUGACACAAUGGGCAUGACUACCUCCCGGCGGGGGUCCAUGAUGCCCUCCGCCAUGGACUCUACCUGGGCCGGACCGGUGCCAGCACAAAUGCCCCAGCCCACGUAA